CCCUUCGAUCCAAGUCGGCGUCUGUUUCUCCGCUGCUUCUCUUCUCCUGCUCCGCGCUGGUGUUGUGUUGUUCCCAAACGCAUCGAUCAAAAACCGUACCCCUCGCCUCCGAUCGUCGAUCCUCCUCCAUCGCCGCCGCUAGAUGUCUUCUCCUCAAACCCUAUUGAAUCCCUCCCGCCGUUAAAUUGUUGAGCGCUCAUGCAAUCGUGGGGAUUGGGGUGGAAGCGACCCUCCGAAAUCUUCCACCUCUCCCUUGACUACGGCGAACCCGACGACAAUGCCGACGUUAACCUACCUUCCACCUCCCCACCUCCCCCUCCUGCUCACCCCCCUCCGCCUCCGCCGCCCCCGCUGCCGCCAUCCGUCCGCCGACAAACUUCCAGGGAUCUCGGCUUCCGGAUCAACCUCGACUGGACCGCAGGGGAUGACGAGGAGCAGAUCGCCCUCCGCCUCCAGUCGCAGUUGAUGGUUGCGCUCCCCCCGCCGCAGGACGCCGUGGUGCUGGAUCUGCGCGGGGAUGAGGAGCGCGGAUCCGUUGAGGUGGAGAUGAAGGUGGUCAGGCGGAGGGAGUCACUCAGAUCGGUGAGAAUGUCCAAGGCGGCGGGGUCGGGGCAGCAGAGCGAUGGAGGCGGCGUCUUCACGCGGUUGAUUCGGUCCAAUUUGGUGCCGUCAGGGAUGGGGAAUGGGGUUCAGGGGUUAGGCGACCACUGGAAAAGCGUGACCAUGGUGAACCUCUGCGGGUGCGGCUUGUCUGUGUUUCCAGUGGGGCUAACGAAACUGCCCCUUCUUGAGAAAUUGUAUCUUAAUAACAACAAGUUAUUACUUUUGCCACCCGAGCUUGGCGAUUUGGAAAAUUUGAAGGUUCUAAGAGUUGACAAUAAUAUGCUUAGUUCUGUCCCAGCCGAGUUGCGGCAAUGUGUAAUGCUGGUUGAACUGUCACUGGAACAUAAUAAACUUGUCAGGCCACUUCUGGAUUUCAGGGCUAUGGCCGAGCUCCGUGUUCUAAGACUGUUUGGAAAUCCUCUUGAAUUUCUUCCAGAUUUUUUACCCUUGCACAACCUUCGUCAUUUAUCGUUAGCUAAUAUAAGGAUUGAGGCAACUGAGAAUCUUAAAUCAGUUAAUGUGCAUAUAGAGACAGAAAACAGCUCCUAUUUUGCUGCAUCAAAGCAUAAACUCAGUGAAUUCUUCUCCCUUAUUUUCCGAUUCUCUUCAUGUCAUCAUCCUUUGUUGGCAUCUGCAUUAGCUAAAAUCAUGCAAGAUCACAACAAUCGUGUUGCAAUUAGUAAAGAAGAGAAUGCCAUAAGACAGUUGAUAAGUAUGAUAAGCAGUGAUGACCGUCAUGUGGUUGAACAAGCAUGUUUUGCUCUCUCGUCCCUGGCUUCUGAUGUUUCUUUGGCAAUGCAAUUGAUUAAGUCUGAUAUUAUGCAACCCAUUGAAUCACUUUUGAAAUCAGUUGACCAAGAAGAAUUGAUCUCUGUACUGCAAGUUCUGGUCACAUUAGCAUUUGUAUCUGACAGUGUAGCUCAAAAGAUGCUGACCAAGGAUGUACUCAAAUCUCUUAAAGCACUUUAUGCACAUAAGAGCACGGAGGUGCAACGCUUAUCAUUAUUGGCUGUUGGCAAUUUAGCUUUCUGUUUUGAAAACCGUCGAAUUCUAUCUCAAUCUGAAAGUCUGCGAGAUCUUCUUUUACGCCUCACAGUUACAUCUGUGCCACGGGUAAACAAGGCUGCUGCUCGCGCUUUGGCCAUUCUUGGUGAAAAUGAAAACCUGCGACGAGCAAUAAAAGGAAGACCUGUUGGGAAGCAAGGUCUACGUAUUCUAUCCAUGGACGGUGGUGGUAUGAAGGGACUAGCAACAGUUCAGAUGCUUAAACAAAUUGAGCAAGGGACUGGAAAGCGUAUUCAUGAAAUGUUUGACUUGAUUUGUGGGACAUCAACUGGUGGUAUGCUUGCUGUAGCUCUUGGAAUUAAACUGAUGACCCUAGAACAAUGUGAAGAUAUAUAUAAGGAGCUUGGAAAACUUGUCUUUGCCGAACCUGUUCCUAAGGAUAAUGAAGCUGCAUCUUGGAGGGAGAAGCUUGAUCAGCUUUUCAAGAGUUCAUCACAAAGCUUUAGAGUAGUUGUACAUGGGUCCAAACAUAGUGCAGAUCAAUUUGAAAGAUUGUUGAAAGAGAUGUGUGCUGAUGAAGAUGGUGACCUCUUAAUUGAAUCUGCUGUGAAGAGUAUUCCAAAAGUUGUUGUAAUGUCUACACUAGUUAGCGUAACACCUGCUCAACCAUUUGUAUUUCGAAAUUAUCAGUAUCCAGCCGGUACUCUAGAGACACCAUUAGGAAUGGAAAGCCCUGCUGUAACCUCAAUUGGAACUCCUCAUAGUUCAAAAAUUAGUCUGCAUCGUGUUGCUUCUAUUGGGAGCUGCAAGCAUCGAAUAUGGGAAGCUAUAAGAGCAUCUUCUGCUGCUCCAUAUUAUCUUGAUGAUUUCUCUGAUGAUGUACAUCGUUGGCAAGAUGGCGCAAUUGUAGCAAACAAUCCAACCAUAUUUGCUGUUAGAGAAGCGCAACUUUUAUGGCCUGAUACACGCAUUGACUGUCUAGUUUCCAUAGGAUGUGGUUCUAUUCCAACAAAGAGUCGGAAAGGUGGCUGGCGCUAUAUGGAUACUGGUCAAGUAUUAAUUGAGAGUGCUUGCUCUGUAGAUAGGGUGGAGGAAGCAUUGGAUGCUUUGUUACCUAUGAUUCCCGAAGUGCAGUAUUUUCGCUUUAAUCCACUUGAUGAGAGAUAUGAUAUGGAGCUUGAUGAGACUGAUCCUGCUAUCUGGCUCAAGUUGGAGGCUGCAACAGAGGAAUACAUUCAGAAACAUUCUGAGCUGUUCAAGAAUGUCUGCGAGCGGUUAGUUUCACGAAAUGAAAAUGAAGAAAGAAUGCUUGAAAGGCUGAAUGGCCAACAAUACUAUAAAACUAAGUCAUCAAAUCAAGGUCUUGAAGAAAGCAGCCCUUCAUUAGGAUGGAGGAGGAUGGUGCUACUUGUAGAGUCUUCGUACAGCACUGAUAUUGGAAAUACUGAUAAUCAUGCUCGAUCUCUUGAAAAGUUUUGUGCUAGUAAUGGCAUACGGCUUUCUCUAACAAGUCGAACUUCUGGACUUUUGAAACCUACCACUAGAUUUUCUACGCCAUUUACAUCCCCUUUAAUCACUGGAAGCUUCCCAUCAAGUCCACUAUACAGUCCAGAAUUUGGACCUCAGCGGAUUAAUCGGAUUGAUCUUGUUCCACCUUUUAGCUUGGAUGGUCAUCCGAUCGGAAAAACAUCCAUGUCUCCACCCACUUCUCCUGUGGUUUCAAGGCAGCCUUCUUCACAUGUUCGAUCAUUGCAUGAAAAAUUGCAGAACUUGCCACAAGUAGGCAUUAUACAUUUGGCUCUUGAGAAUGAUUUAACAGGUUCAAUAUUAAGUUGGCAGAAUGAUGUGUUCGUGGUUGCCGAGCCUGGCAAGCUUGCAGAUGGAUUUCUUCAAAGUGUUAAAAUGGGCCUUUCUUCACUUGUGCGAGGAAGAAGCAAAAAGGAAGCUUAUGCCUUGACUAAGCUUUCAUCGGUAGCUGAUCUAAUAACAAAAUGGCGAUCCUUUCAAGUAGGCAGUAUUCACCAUAGGUAUAUCGGACGUCAAACACAAGUCAUGGAGGAUAACCAAGAGAUAAGUGCAUUUAUGUUUCGCCGAAGAGUUCCUGCUGUUCACUUGACAUCUGACGAUGUUCGUUGGAUGGUUGGAGCUUGGCGAGACCGAAUCAUAAUUUGCACUGGAAGAUACGGGCUUGCUCCGAGCCUGGUGAAGGCCUUCCUGGAUUCAGGUGCCAAAGCUGUUGUCUCACCAUCCGUUGAUCCCCCCGAUACGCACUCCAUACAAUUCAAUGGGAUGAAUGACUACAACGGUUUCGAGAAUGGAAAAUUUGAGAUUGGGGACGAAGAAGAGGCCGAGGAAGAGGUUGUGCCUGAACUAGGUAGUUCCGCGAGUGACUGGGAAGAUAGUGAUGCAGAGAAAGGCGGUGAACACUCGUUCGUCUAUAAUGAUAUCGAAGAGGAUCUAUCAGAGUUCAUAUGCCAUUUAUAUGAUUCAUUGUUCCGCGAAGGAUCUAGAGUGGAUGUUGCCCUACACAACGCUCUCAGGUCCUACCCAAAGUUGAGGUACAUAUGCCACCUCCCAAAUUUACCUUAGUUAAAAAUUACAAUUCAAAGGUUAGAAUAAACAGUUUUGUGAUUAAUGAAAAAUAUGCGAGAGAUUGUCCGUUUUACAAAACAAAAUCGUUCGAGAAAGUUGAAAAGUUUGAUUCAAACUUAUUCAUAUUUGUAUGAUCUAGGGCGAAAUAUGUAACAGUAUAGUUCAGUGAAUAAAAUAAUAUUUGUGGAAGCAAA